UGUGCUUCUUCUUUGCUUUCUUCGAUAUUCACCACCGUCUUCGUACCUUUGUUGCCCUGCCUCUUUCCCCUGGCGCCCUAUCUUUUAGCGCAUUCCAACCACAACCCCGCUCCCCGCCGUUCACGUUUACAGUGGACGCAAACCCACCGCAUCCGGGGUCCAGAGCGCUGUAGCGGCAGGCGACCCUUUGUUUCCUUUUUUUUUCUUAGUGACAAACUCUCCCUCGCCCUUACCGGCCCUCCUCGUGCCUUCUUCCCCUCUUCAACAACCUUUUUUCUUCUUUGCUUCUCCAGGAGUUGGCACCUUUUGAACUUUGCACAUUUGCUGCAAUUGUUAUUUUCCUGUUAGGGUUUAGCCAUCCUGAAACGGAAAACAUCUCGAAUCCAAUCUAUCGAUCGCAACAGCUUCUCGACGCCACAGCUGCGGUACGCCCCAUCAACAUAAACAACCAUGGGCGUUCUCACAGAACCUCAGCCACAGCCUCAGGUUGAGGACCAAGACUUCCACUACAACGAAAAGAAGAUUCCCAACGUUGAAGAUGGCGCCACUACAUCCAACUACGACAGCGAUGAGCCAAUCGACCGCAAUGCCCAGGCUGGUGUCCAAAAGAUUGAGGCGGCAGCUCAGGUCUGGACCAAGACGACACUGAUCCUCGCCUUCACCUUCAUCUGGAUCGUGUACUUUGUCGAUUCCAUGCAGCAGGGUACCACUGGUCUUUUGACCGGCUAUGUCACGUCUGCUCUUGGUAACGUUGCGCUUUCACCUACGACCUCUGUUCUCAGCAACAUCAUUGGUGGCGUCUUCAAGCUCACCAUUGCCAAGAUUCUCGACAUUUUCGGCCGCCCUCAAGGCUACAUGUUUUCAGUUAUUGUUGGCACGCUUGGUCUUGUCAUGAUGGCUGCCUGCAAGAAUGUGGAAAUGUAUUCUGCCGCGCAAGUCUUCUACUGGGUCGGCUUCAAUGGCAUUGCCUACUCCAUGACGGUCGCUGUCGCCGACAUGUCCUCGCUCCGAAACAGAGGCCUCGCUCUCGCUUUUAGUACUUCGCCCUUUAUCAUUACCUCCUUCAUUACUGGCCGAGUUGCAAAUGCCUUCUUGGCAGGUCCUGGCUUCCGCUGGGCGUUUGGUGCUUUUGCCAUCAUCACACCCGUCAUCACUGCCCCGUUGUUCAUCAUUUUCGUCUACAACUACCACAAGGCCAAGAAGGCCGGCCUCGUUGUUAAACUACCACCUGCUCCACCUACAGAAUACUCCACCUUCUACUACAUCUCCCGAGGUGACGUGUUUGGAACCUACCGCCAUCUCGCAGCUGUCUCCAGGACACCUGGCAAUAUCCUGUACUACGCCCGCGAAUUCGACGUCAUCGGUCUUUUGCUUCUCUCAGCGUCCAUCUCAAUCUUCCUUUUGCCCUUCAACAUUUUUUCUUACCAGACUGAAGGAUGGAAAGCCCCCAUCAUCAUUGCGUUCCUCGUUGUUGGUGUCGUCUUGAUGGUGCUCUUUAUCUGCUGGGAAAAGUACUUGGCACCCGUCACCUUUGUCCCAUACGCCUUGCUUGCUGACCGCACCGUUAUUGCAUCAUGUGUGCUCGCUGCUUGUUCGUUUAUCAGUUACUACUGCUGGGACUCUUACUUUAGCCAGUUCCUUCAGGUUGUCAACGGACAGGAUCUCAUCAAUACCGGCUACAUCCUCAACAUCUACAACAUUGGCUCUUGCUUCUGGUCCUUUGUUGUCGGCCUCUUCAUCCGCUACACUGGCCGCUUCAAGCCCGCCGUUCUCUAUUUUGGUAUUCCCAUGACUGUUCUCGGCGUCGGCCUCAUGAUUCAGUUCCGUGAGCCCAGCUACAACGUCGGCUACAUUGUCAUGUGCCAGAUCUUUGUUGCCUUUGGCGGUGGUACCACCGUGGUGGGCCAGGAAGUCGCCAUCAUGUCCCGAGUCAAGCAUCAGCAUGUCGCCACAGUUCUUGCUGUUCAGGCCAUGGCUGCUAGUAUUGGAGGUGGUAUCGGCUACUCAAUCAGCGCAGCCAUCUGGCAGGCCGUCUUCCCUGGCAGAGUUCGCGCCUACUUGCCCCAGCAGAUCUUGAACAAUGCCACGGAAACAGCGCUCAUCACGACGGACCUUGUUACUCAGCUAACGUAUCCAGUGGGCUCCCCAGGCCGCAUUGCUAUUCAGCAGGCAUAUGCCGACGCUCAGCGUUACAUGUUGAUUGCUGGCACCUGCAUCUGGAUCCUCCCCGUCAUUGCUGUUUUCCUCUGGCACAAUGUUGACGUUCGCACCAUCAAGCAAACCAAGGGUCGUGUCUUUUAAAGCAGCAUCUGCUCCUCAUUUACAAGCCCAUUUUGCAUAUAUUGUAUGAUACCAAGCACGCAAGGAAUGUCAUAGUUAUUUAAUUAUAUUCUUCAUUUAUUCAUAUGACUCGUUCUGAUAUUAUUACCACCACAGUGAUGACAGUUUGUCACAAAAGGAUGAGGUCAAGAUUUGAAAUCCUAUAAUAGUUUAUAGAAUUCGGUCUAUGUUUCCUAACAACCUUUGCCUAUACUAUAGAAUCAACGCUUAACCAAUAAAACCGCAAAAAAGGCACCAAUACCGGUAGGAAAUUACUCGCUAUACUUCUUAACGAUACUACUAGUAUUGUUAUUGGCUUCUGCUUAGCUAGGGCAGUUGUUAUCAGAUGGGUCAGCAGUGAUAGUCAUGGUGCAAAGCUAGCAUAACAUAGAG